UGGUUUGUCAGGUGUAAAUAGUUACAAACGGACAGAACGAAAUGGAUCAAAUAAAGAUCUCAAAGGUGGAAAAUGUAAGGAUUCUAGAUAAAUAUAGUAACAAUCAUUCCAUUGGUACUCUUUAUUUAACUGUAAGGCAUCUUGUAUUUAUGGAACGAAGUGGAAAAAAGAAAAUCUGGGUAUUGUAUACUCAUAUUGCAAAUAUAGAAAAACAACCAUUAACUACAGCAGGCUCUCCAUUAUGUAUUAAGUGUAAACAUUUUUUUAUUGUAACAUUUAUUAUUCCAAAAGAACGAGACUGUCAUGAUAUAUAUCUUACACUAUCAAAGUUGUCUUGUCCAGUAAAUUUGGAAGAUCUAUAUUGUUUUAAUUAUCAGCCAAAUAAGGAUAAUUUACAACAACAUACAGGAUGGAAUUUUUUCAACAUUCAAAGUGAAUUUCAAAGACAAGGUGUCCCAAAUGAAGAGUGGUCUCUGACGUAUCUAAAUACAAAUUAUGAGCUUUGUGAUACUUAUCCAAAGUAUUUGUAUGUGCCUAGUAUGUGUGCCAAUAGCAUCUUGAUAGGUAGUGCAAAAUUUAGAAGUAGAGGAAGAUUACCAGUUUUAACAUAUUUACAUUCUAACAAGGCUGCUAUUUGCCGUUGUAGUCAACCUUUAUCAGGAUUCAGUGCACGGUGUCUUGAGGAUGAACAAAUGAUGUACAACAUUUUGUGUACAAAUUCUAAUUCUAAAUAUAUGUAUGUUGUAGAUACUCGACCACGCAUCAAUGCUUUUGCUAAUAGAGCUGCAGGAAAAGGAUACGAAAAUGAGAACUUUUAUGACAAUAUAAAAUUUCACUUUUUUGGUAUUGAGAAUAUUCAUGUAAUGAGAACAAGCUUAAAUAAAUUAAUGGAAUUACAAAGAACAACAUCAAUGAGUACAUUUUUAAAUGGUUUGGAAAGCAGUGGAUGGUUAAAACAUAUAAGAUCUAUUUUAGAGACUGCUUGGUUUAUUACUAGAGCAGUUUCAAAUGGAGUUAGUGUAGUAGUACACUGUAGUGACGGUUGGGAUCGUACAGCUCAAGUAUGUUCAUUAAGUGCUCUAUUACUGGAUCCAUUUUAUAGGACAAUUCAAGGUUUUCAAACACUUAUAGAGAAAGACUGGUUAUCAUUUGGACAUAAAUUUAGUGAUCGCUGUGGUCACAUCAAUUUGGAUAAUAAAGAAUUAGCACCAAUUUUUACACAGUUCAUUGAUGCAACAUAUCAAUUGUUACAGCAAUAUCCUCAUAAAUUUCAAUUUAAUGAACUUUUUCUGUUAACCCUCCAUGAUCAUGUACAUAGUUGUGAAUAUGGUACUUUCAUAGGAAAUUCUGAGAAAGAAAGACAGAUCCUCAGAGUAUCGGAACGAACUUAUUCUUUAUGGGGAUACAUUGCUUAUAAUAUGCAUGAAUAUAUAAAUCCUUUAUACAAAUGCAAUCGUUUUGAUGAACAAACUAGCUCUGUUCUUCAACCUAAAUUAGCACCACAGUGUAUCACUUUAUGGCGGGGAAUGUAUUUCAGAUUUGAAAAUGGUAUUCAUCCAAGAGAAAUAUAUGAAGAUUUUCUUUUAAUAAUGCAUGACCAUACUAGCAGCUUAGAAGAUCAUGUUAAGCUCCUUGUAAAGAGAGUAAAUUCCUUGACUUCGGUAUUGAACAUAAAUAAUAUUCAAAAAAAGGGGGGGGUACAAGGAAAGCUAAACUUUGAUAAUAAAUUUACAAAGGAUUCAUUAUCUGAAACCAUUAUAGAGAAUACACCAAAUCACGAAGAAAAAGCAAAGUGCAAAUUAAAAAUUAAUGAAUUACAAAACGAACUGAAAACAGUUGCUUUGGACUGGAAAUUGUUUCGAAACAUGGAAGAAUGUGUGUGCUCUACUACAUUUGAUGCAUUUAAUAGAAAGCAUCAUUGUUGGUCAUGUGGAGAGGUAUUAUGCAUAAGAUGCAUGGGUGUGCGUACUGUUCUUGCUGGACAUCAUUCGCAACGUGCAGUGCCUACUUGUGAGUCAUGUACACAGAAUUCCAGUAUUCCUUCUACUAGUCCCUAAAUUAAUCCUUUCAAACAUUUAUUUAAAUUUGUAACUUGUACCUAAAAUGUAUAUUAUAAAUGGUGACUAGAUAAUGUAAGAUUAAGGUAGAAGUAAGGAAAUUGUAACAUAAACUCAGAAAUUUGCUUCAAUGGAAACUAUUAAUAGGGAAUUGUACAUUUUAUAUUUGAACGAAAGUAUUGAUCUUAAAUAAAAAAACACAUACACAUACG